AUGUCCACUCACAAUCAUCAUUUCCUCCAAGGGAAGAAGCUGCCCGAGAUCGUUGUCUAUGAGAGAGACCCAAGAGAAGGCAGCCUCAAGAGGGAGGGAUACUCGCUGUCCCUUCAUGGCAGCGACAAGGAUAGCGGCCUCACUGUCUUGCAGCAGCUCGGCCUGUUGGAAGAGAUCCUCAGCUGCGCCAUUUUGGGGCGGGACAAUACCGAUUCGUUCAAGAUGUGGGACAAGGAUUGGAACGAGCUCAUCGCAAUCAAGCCGAAGGCGUAUGGAGACCUACCAACUUCCGGGAUCCGCAUUGCCAGAAAGAACCUGAGGAAGAUCCUCCUCGAAGCCGCCGAGAAAACGGAGGCGACAAUUCAUUGGGAAGAAUCCUGCACGGCCGCCAGGAGGCUCGAGAAUGGCCGCAUCGCCGUCACAUGCGACCUCUUGAUCAGCGCGGAUGGGACCCACAGCAAGAUCCGACACAGCGCAAAUCAACUGGGGGGGAACGCCAAGUUCCCAAACGGCAUACCGAAGCCCGUCGACAACAGCUGGGGCCUGGCAUUUUCUGGCCAAGGAGUCUGCUGUUUCUACUCUCCAGGCGACAAAGAGACCGUGGUAUGGGGGCUGAGCCGGCUCGAACCCGAGCGGCAAUGGCUGGACCGGCAACUUUCGCCAGAGCAGCAGCUCAAGGCCGUCGUGGAGGAGGCCAAGGCAGUCGGACACAUGUUCGCAGAGCCCUUCCUCACCAUCGUCGAGGCCACGGACCCUUCGUCCAUCUUUCUCUUUCCUGCCAGGGACAAGCAGCCAUUUUACCACGACUCGGCCCUCCGGGGCGUCAUCUUCAUCGGGGAUGCGAACCACGCAGUCAGUCCGUUUGCCGGAAAUGGCGCCAACAUGGCUCUGAAGGACGGGUUAGACCUGGCCGAGAAUCUCUGCCGGUCCGCGUCGCUCGACCAGGCGGUGUCGGCUUAUGACAAGUCGAGCGUCCCGCGGGCGCAGGCGACGCUCAAGACGUCGCAUCAGCGAAUCGAUUUUGGCCAUUAUACCGGGGUCAAGGCCACACUAUUCCGCAUGGUGCUGGCCGCUGGGAAGGUGAUCAAGAUGACGGGCAGAUCCGCACCUACUGCCCGCACUCCGGCGAGGUCUGCCUCGAGUCAAUCUGGGUCGACGGGCAAACAACGGAGCAUCCUUGGCUUCUUCUCUAAGGCGGCCGGAGCUGGUGCUUCUGGAGUAAUCCCUUCCCCCAGACCUGUGUCCUCGACACAGAAGAAGACCCUGUCCCAAUGUCUCAAGGAAACCACAAAAUCCAACUCCAUGUCCACCGUCAAGAGGACUGUCAACAUAACGCCCGUUCCGAGCAGCGAUGCCAUUGAGCCUUCCAGCUCCCAAGAGAAUGCGGGAUCAACGGCUGUCAAGGUACUCCACCAAAACCUGCCGUCACCUGUGACGCCUGCUGAGAUCGUCGCCACACAGGCUGUGGGAGUCCCUGCACAACUAGCCAGCAGCCCUUCACGCAAGACCAAGAAGGCCGUGAACUACGCCGAGCCCGAUGACGACGAUGACGAAGACAUGUUCGUUCCCCAGAAGGCAAAGCGCAUUCAACCACGACGCUCUCGUACAGCGAUAGAGGAGGACGACGAAGAUGAUUUCGAGCUGGAAAACCACGCGGAAUCCGAAGAUAACGAUGAUGAGAUGGCCGAUUUCGUCGUUUCCGACGAUUCCGAUAGUGCUCCGAAGUCUAAAAAGCGGAAGCGGCCUGCACCAAAGUCCUCCGCUCCACGAAAGCGGGCCGAUGUCUCGUCGUCUCCCGCCGCCCCUGCGGAUGAGGACGAGGACGAGGCCGAGGACGAGUCGAUGGCGGACAUGCCCCCGACCUCCACUGCUCAGCAGUGGAAGUAUGACCCCGACAAUGUUCAGCCGGCCAGCACACGAUCGGCGAUAGUUCGCGUCGCUGGGGACGUCUCGAAACCAAAGCCAAAACCAAAGGCACACACAAAGGAACCCGAAGACAGAUACCCAUGGCUGGCCAAUCUCAUGGACAUGGACAAACGCCCGAAAGGUCAUCCCGAGUUUGAUCCAACGUCGAUCUACAUCCCUCCGGCUGCCUGGCAUAAAUUCUCCCCCUUCGAGAAGCAGUAUUGGGAGAUCAAGCAGAAGCUAUGGGACACUGUCGUUUUCUUCAAGAAAGGCAAGUUUUACGAGCUGUACGAGAACGACGCCACGAUCGGACACCAAUUGUUCGACCUGAAACUUACCGACCGCGUCAACAUGCGCAUGGUUGGAGUCCCCGAGGGCUCGCUCGACAUGUGGGUCAAUCAAUUCGUGGCCAAGGGCUUCAAGGUGGCUCGUGUCGACCAGAUGGAGUCCGCUCUGGGCAAGGAAAUGAGGGAGCGUGAUGGCAAGGUUAAGAAGUCUGACAAGAUCAUCCGCCGCGAGCUGGCCUGCAUCCUCACGGCCGGAACCCUCGUCGAAGCUAGCAUGCUCCAGGACGACAUGGCAACUUACUGCGCAGCUAUCAAGGAGUCUGUCAUUGACGACAUGCCUGCGUUCGGCAUUGCGUUUGUUGAUGCAUCAACCGGCCAGUUUUUUAUCUCCGAGUUCCAGGACGACGCCGAGCUCACCAAGUUCGAGACCUUUGUUGCCCAGACAGGCCCUCGAGAGAUCAUUCUAGAGAAGUCGCAGCUCUCCACAAAGGCCCUCCGUAUUCUCAAGAACAAUACCGCACCCACGACCAUCUGGAAUCAUCUAAAGCCAGGUUCUGAGUUCUGGGAUGCCAAUCUCACGCGGCGCGAGUUGGAUUGCGGUUCUUAUUUCUCCCCUGGGCAAGACGGUGACGAGCAGGUGUGGCCAGAGAAGCUCGCCCAGGCCAAAGACAAGGACCUUUUAAUGUCCGCACUUGGCGCUCUCGUUUAUUAUCUGCGGGUUCUGAAGCUUGAGCAGACCUUGCUUUCGCAGGGCAACUUCGCGUGGUACAAUCCCAUCCACCGGAAUGGCACGCUCAUUCUUGACGGCCAGACGCUUAUAAACCUGGAGAUCUUCUCCAACACGGCCAAUGGUGGCCCAGAUGGCACUCUCUUCAAUCUCCUCAACAGAUGUGUCACCCCGUUCGGCAAGCGACUCUUCCGUCAAUGGGUCUGCCACCCCCUCUGCAAUAUUCAGAAGAUCAAUGAGAGGCUCGAUGCCGUGGACAUGCUGAACUCGGACCGCAGUAUCCGCGAGCAGUUCUCGUCUCAAAUGACCAAGAUGCCCGAUCUUGAGAGACUCAUCUCGCGGAUCCACGCCCGUGUCUGCAAGCCCGAGGACUUUGUCCGCGUGCUCGAGGGCUUCGAGCAAAUAGAGUACACCAUGGGUCUGCUCAGCGCCUUCGGCGGCGGUAAUGGUCUUGUCGACAGAUUGAUUGCCUCGAUGCCCAAUUUGAAGGGACCACUGGGCUACUGGGAGACGGCCUUCGACAGGAAAAAGGCCAGAGAUGAGAAGUUGCUGAUUCCGGAGCGUGGCAUCGAGGAGGAUUUCGACAACAGCCAAGAGACCAUCAACCGAAUCAAGCGCCAUCUCCACUCGCUUCUUGAGAAACAAAAGGGCGCUCUGAAGUGCAAGACUGUCAAGUUCACCGACGUCGGCAAGGAGAUAUACCAGAUCGAGGUCCCCAAGGCCGUCAAGGUGCCUGCGAACUGGCGCCAGAUGUCGGCCACCGCUGCCGUCAAGCGCUACUACUUCAGGGAGCUCGAGGAUCUUGUCCGAGAGCUCCAGGAGGCUGAGGAGACGCACUCCCAGAUCGUCAAGGAGGUGGCCUCGAGGUUCUUCCAGCGUUUCGACACCGACUACGAGGUCUGGCUACAGGCGAUCCGCAUCACCGCUCAGCUAGACUGCCUCAUCAGCCUGGCCAAGUCGUCCUCGGCCUUGGGCGAGCCCAGCUGCCGGCCCGUAUUUGUCGAUGACGAGCGAAGUGUAGUCAAAUUCGAGGAGCUUCGCCACCCCUGCAUGCUGAACACGGUCGCCGACUUCAUCCCCAACGAUGUCACGUUGGGUGGGGACGAAGCGAAGAUUAAUCUUUUGACGGGUGCUAACGCUGCUGGCAAGUCCACAAUUCUCCGAAUGUCUUGCACUGCGGUGAUCAUGGCACAGAUCGGUUGCUACGUCCCAGCCGUCUCGGCUCGUUUGACGCCCAUCGACCGAAUCAUGUCGCGACUCGGCGCCAACGAUAACAUCUUCGCCGCCCAGAGCACAUUUUUCGUCGAACUGUGCGAGACCAAGAAGAUCCUGUCGGAGGCUACUCCCCGCUCUCUCGUCAUCCUGGACGAGCUUGGUCGAGGCACGUCUUCGUACGACGGCGUUGCUGUGGCUCAGGCUGUCCUGCACCACGUCGCGUCUCACAUUGGGUGCGUCGGUUUCUUUGCGACUCAUUACCACAGCCUCGCCACCGAGUUUGAGAACCACCCGGAAAUCCGGGCCCGCCGGAUGCAGAUCCACGUGGAUGAGUUGAAUCGCAGGAUCACGUUCCUGUACAAGCUGGAAGACGGCGUCGCGGAGGGGUCGUUCGGCAUGCACUGCGCCGCCAUGUGCGGCAUCCCAGACAAGGUCAUUGAGCGUGCCGAAGUGGCCGCGCGUGAGUGGGAACACACGAGCCGAAUGAAGGAGAGCUUGGAGCUGGCGAAGACAGGCUGCUACAUCCCGCUGGGUGUAUUGAGUGACGUUGCCAGCAUGCUGCGCGGCGGGUGUGGGAGCGAAGAAGUCGACGAGAUUGGCGAGCGAGGCGUCGAGGUCUUGCUCAAGGCGAUUGAGGCCCUGUAG